CCAUCCUUGGCCCUCCAACCCCAUUCUUGGCCCGGGGGCUAUAGAGCUUUGCGACCAGUUCGCGUCGUGGGCGGAAAUGGAUCUGUUCGGCAGAGUUGAGGAUGAGGAGUUGCAUGCGCGGCUGCUGCUGGACGCGCGGAUGCUUGUGCACAAGUGGCCAGAGUUCGUCAUGAUACACUUGACGCCGUUUCAUCUUCUCGUGGAUCCAGACAAGCUUGAGGGGGAGGAUGUUGCUGUGCCGUCGGAAAACUAUUUCAGCGAAGACUGCGAGGACUAUGUAAGGGCUCUGCGAGAGGCAAAACAAGUUGCGGCAAAUGGCGGCUUUUUAGGGUCUGACUUCUACUGGCCGCCAUCAGGUGCCUUGGAUUUGUUCAACUUCGAGGUGGGGCAUCUUGAAAGCUUAGUAGAGUCUUACCGAUUAGGAUUAAGGACCCAACAAAGCCAACGAAUACAACCUCGCUAGAGAACUUGAGUUACUUUGGUUUUCGUUUCCAAUCCUCUUUUUGAGAAUUGAAUG